AGACUGGUAAAAGAAGAAUCUAGGACUUUAACAAGACAGAGGAAGAACAGAAACAGGGGCUGAAUUAGGGAAUUGAUGUCUUAUGAAACUGAUGUGCAUAGCUCUUGCUCUUACCAACUUACAGUGCAGCUAUAAGACAGAAAUAAACAAAAAAGAGGGAGGAAAAAACCCAAGAACUCGCUUCUAUACUCCCUCAGCAGAACACGAAAGAGCCCCGACCUUCUCACAGAGUUCUUUAAAACCCAACUAUUUAAACAUUUGCCAGUAGAGGUUUAGACAAGGAUCUUUGUCGAGAGCUAUGGAAAGCUUUAGAGCUUUUUUCCUGCUGAUUUUUCUGUGUUCACAGAUUUUCUGUUUUGAGGAAGAUAUGCCCAGUUUGGAGGAAGACCCUUGGACAGCCCCGUCUCUGAAGGAUGAGGGCUUGCAGAGCAGCUCACUCCAGCGCUUUGCACAGCUGGUGAAAAGGGGGAAAUUCCAGCAGUUCUAUGGCCUGAUGGGAAAACGGGCUAGUGAUUCGACACAGGACUGGGACAACAGCCAGCCACUUCCUGCAUGGCAGCCAUAGCAUGACACUCCAUCAGUGACCAGCAGCCGCUCCUUUCCUUCACAAGCACUAGAUUAGGAUAGCUACGCCGUCUGCUCACGUCUAUUCACGCCCCAGGAACGGAGCGACACAGUGCUUUCUAGUACCGGAUAAGCACUUUAGAGUCUUUUCUUUUGUCAACCUGCUGUGAUGUAUAAAUGUAUUGCUCUUGCUGGGAAGAGUUGGUGCUUUCUUUACAUCACAUUCGAGGAGCAGGGCACAGGGUUAGUACAUCCGUCCCUUACUCCUGUAGACCAACAGAUACACACUUUGGUUUCCUUUUUGCAUUAUUUCUGCUGAGGUGAUAAAGCCUGAAAUUUAAGUUCU